AGAAAAGGACUUCCUCGGAAGAUUGGUUUAGUGCGAAUAUUUUUGACUUGGACUUUCAAUACAAAGUGUGGUGCCGAGGACGACGGCAGGUACUUCUGCUCGAGUGGAGUGAUAAAACUGUUCCAAAGUGGAUAAUCGUCGCUACCUCGGAAUUGAGUUGUGAAGUUUUGUAAAAUACCGAUUGGGAGUUGGAUUUAUGCAAAAUUUCAGUGAGCCUAAUGUGAUCACCCUUCACACAAUCUCCAUCAUCAUCAUCAUCAUCUUGAUGUCGUCGUCGUCUCGUCACGGAUGGUGAAUUGAAAGUGCUGGAAUUGAAUUCCCUCAGAAAAACAGGAGGCAGUAUCUACUGAGCAGUGUCCGCGUUUCGUUCGUAGCGCUCCGUUCCGGCCGCAAAAAGUGAUUCCAUCCGCGAGUGGAUUUUUGUGAUCUCGGUGGGUUAGUCGCGGAGUGGCCGUGAUUUUCGCUGUCGACAUUUUGACAUCCGCACAUUCUCGCGAGUUGUGGUGUGCAAAGGCCCGCUGGAUGGUGUGUAAAUAGAGCCCCAAGUGGGAAAGAAGUAAAGUUAAAACAACGACAGCCAGCCAACGUAGGGCUUAUUGGAAGAUGGCUGGAAUUUUCCUUCCUUGGUUGUUGUCGUCGUGGAAUUGACCGUAGCAUAGACCCGUAACCGACCGCAGGAAAGUACGGUUGGACGGCAGUAGCAGUUUCGUGUCUCACAAGGCUACGACAUGUCGUCGGAAUUGCACAAGUAGAGUAAGAAGAAACAAGAGAAGAAAAGUCCGAGAGGAGGAAAGUGAGCAGAUACCAACAGAAGGAAGGUGCCACCAACGUGUAAAGUGCGGCCCCCGAGGCUGUGUGUGUGUGCGUGCGCGAGUAUCUGUGUCUGUGCGAGGCUGUGAAAGUGAUUCCAGAAAUCUGUACGAUCGCAUGAACGAACCAAAGAAACGACUUACCACCAAGCUGGCGGAGAGCCAAGUAAAACAAGCGCAACAAGAGGCCACCGAUGAGGGGGUGGGCAGGCCAACGAGCCGAGCCAGCCAGCGAAUGAAGUGUGGCGCAUCCAGUGCCUCUUUUAAUAUACUGUUACUGUAGAAGUACGCGGCAUCGCGAAAAACAUGCGAAAUCUCGGAGGAGCUGGUGCAGAAUAAGGAAUCUUCAAUACUGUGCUUGACCUAAGUUGUGAGAUUCGAUGUGGUUAACAUGAGAAAUCCUUGACACAGCGACAACGACAACUGUGCAGUUUCGACUUCAUAAUGCGUUGUUUUUUCCCCUAGUAUAGUGCGUUGAAUACAUCAAUAAGAAAGAUAAAGGUGAAGUAGAAUCUUCUCAGUGAUACGAUUGUUGUGUAAUAUUAACGGUACACCUGUUCCUUGACCGAAAAGUUCGAAUAUCGAGAGAUACUCUCAAAAUAGGUAGCGAAAAAUGUAAUUGAAAGUGCAUAGCAGCAGUCAACACGUAGUAGUCACACAAAUCAAUAAAUGUCCAAGUGGAAGAAUGUGUAAAUAAUGCUGCAGAGAUUGCAAGCCAUUACUACCAACAGCUGCAACUAGGCGGGUGUAUGUGUGUUUCUCAGUGCGACUACUUGCCGAGGCGAAGCCCUAUGGGGAGCCACUUAAUCUUUGGCCUUUAAUCGCGGGAAAUAUGCAAAAAAUGUCAAUUUAACCCGCAAGGUAGAAACGGGUGACGGUGCUGUGUGCCGUAGUGAAGAAUAAAUCCGUUGUGCUCGCCGUGGAAGAAUAGUUUCUGUGUGUGUCGAUCGAAAAUCGAAGGUGCCACCGCACCGCGCGCGCGCCCCGCCGACCGCGAUUGAGGGUUUAACGCAUACCGGGCCCCUCCAGUAAGUGAGUUCUGAUGCUGCACGUGGUGGCCCAAAACGGAGGAACCAGCGUGCCAGAAUGAUUGGAACCUGGUCCGGGGCUGAUUGGCUGGAAACUGACACUGAAACGGAUUUACUAGCAACAGUAACAACAGCAAGAACGACCAGCACCGGUGGUGACAGCGCCACUGGCCAACUAUUUCGUAGUCGUCGACAGUUACAGCAGCAGCAGCAACAAUGCAGACUCAGGAUGCGAUAGGCGACUGCUCUCGUUACAUCUUGCAGGUGUAUGUCGGAGCGCUAUCACUCCACUAUGAGGCGCUCAGUGUGGAGGCCUCCAAGCAGACCACGGCGGAGGAGAUCGUUUCCUGCAUUGUCGAACGGCUGGGGCUGACGGGCAAUAACUAUGAGCUGGCCGAAGUGGCCGGCGAAUGCAAGGAGCGGAGGCUGUCGCCCCAAGAGAAACCCGUCUCGGUGAUGCUGCUGUGGCCGAUGCAUUCGGAGAAAGAUUUUCAUAGAUUUUAUUUACGUGAAAGACAAAGCGAUGUUCCUUGGCUAGAUAAUUAUGGACUGGAUCCACAGAUACUAAGAGACUUUAUACCAUUUCUACUUCAGAAAGAAAAUAGAGAAUAUCCUGAUUUGUGCCAAUUGCCAGACCUUAACGAGGCGACGCUGCUGGAGAACCUGCGGCAGCGCUUCGAGGCUGGCCACAUAUACACCUACGUCGGAAGCAUUCUGAUUGCGGUCAACCCGUUCAAGUUCCAUCCCAUCUACAACCCGAAGUAUGUGCGGCUGUACCAGAACCAGCGGAUCGGACCCAUCCUGCCGCCGCACAUUUUUGCCAUCGCCGACAACGCCUAUUACAACAUGCUGAAGGAAAAGCGGAAUCAGUGCAUUGUAAUCAGCGGCGAAAGUGGUUCCGGCAAAACCGAAAGCACAAACUUCCUGUUGCAUCACCUGACGGCCCUGUCGCAGAAAGGUGCCCACGGGUCCGGUGUGGAGCAAACCAUCCUCAGUGCCGGUCCGGUGUUGGAAGCGUUCGGUAAUGCCAAAACUGCGCAUAACAACAACAGCAGUCGGUUCGGGAAGUUCAUCCAGGUGAACUACCGCGAGAAUGGGAUGGUUCAGGGGGCGGUCGUCCAAAAGUACCUGCUGGAGAAGAGCCGGAUAGUGUCCCAGGGACACUACGAGCGAAACUAUCACGUGUUCUACUAUCUGCUGUCGGGGGCGACCGAGCAGGAGCGGGUUGCGUUGCAUCUGCUGCCGGCGGAGAAGUACCACUACUUGAAUGCCAAAAAUCUGACGCUGGAGAACUGCGACGAGAAGUACGAAUUCUCACGACUGAAACAAAGCAUGGAGAUGGUGGGGUUCUCGGCAGAAAAGCAACGGCGAUUGUUUGCCGUCCUGUCGGCCGUGCUACUGCUGGGGAACGUGGAGUUCUUUCCGAAAAAAUCCACCUACCACCACGACGAAAGCGUCCAGGUUCGGAAUCCGGAGGUGGUGGGUCUUAUAUCCGAACUGCUGAGGGUCAAGCAGGAAACGCUUCUGUCGGCGCUAACGUCGAAGCGGGUUAAGGCCAGCGGCGAAACGUUGAUCAUGCAGUACAAGUUGCCGGAAGCGAUCGCUGCGAGGGAUGCGCUGGCAAAGUGUCUGUACGGGGCGCUGUUCGAUUGGAUCGUGCUGCAGGUGAAUCAUGCGCUGCUGAACAAGGACCAAACCAUGCACACGGGCCAUUCGAUAGGAGUGCUGGACAUCUUUGGGUUCGAGGAUUUUGGACUGCAGAACAGUUUUGAACAGUUGUGCAUUAAUUAUGCCAACGAACAUCUGCAAUAUUACUUCAAUUUGCAUGUGUUUAAAUACGAGCAAAAGGAGUAUAAACGAGAGGGCAUCAAAUGGACUGAUAUAGAGUUUUUAGAUAAUUCAGGAUGUCUGCAGUUGUUCGAGUCCAAACCGUCAGGGUUGCUCUGUAUUUUGGAUGAUUUGUGCAACUUUCCGGGAGCAACCAACGAAACGUUACUGCAAAAGUUCAACAGUGUUCACAAGGAUAGCACAUUCUAUGAAAAGCCACAGCGAAAAGAGAAUGCAUUUAUUAUUAAACAUUACGCCGGAAAGGUGAAAUACCAGGUGGCCGAAAUGCGCGAAAAGAAUCUAGACCUGAUGCGGCAGGACAUUGUGAGCGUGCUGAAGAACUCGAGCAUGGCGUUCGUGCGGGAGCUGGUCGGCGCCGAUCCGGUGGCCGUUUUUCGGUGGGCCAUUCUGAGAGCAUUUUUUCGUGGCUACUUUGCAUUUAGGUCCGCCGGGAUCAAACACCGGAAGGAACGCGCCGACCAGUCCUACAGUAAACUUUCCACCAAGAGCCGCUACCGGGCUCCGAAUGAGAGCAUCGUAAGCCAUCUAGUGACGGUUUCAUCAGUGAACCUAACUAUCAAUCGAAUAGCCAAGCGAAUCAGUAAUGCCAUGCACGAUAUCACCUCGAACGCGCUCAAUAGCAACGCCCACGGGAGUGGCAACAUCUACCGCCAAUCGCUUGGCCCCGGGACAGUCCAAGCGGCAACGAACUCGUCGGCCACGGGGACACCUCGCCGGUCCUGGUCCAGUUAUGCGUUCAACAACAAAAACUUCCCGGACGGUAAGCUAAGCUACGAGUGCGCGGCUGGUUCCGGUCAGGCGUCCCCGUCCACUGUACAUAAUAGUAGUAGCGCUGGUAAGCAGUCCUCGGCAGCGAACUCCUCCGGUGCCGGAAAGCAGCUGGGCUACGGUGGGAACCAGUCGUCGUCGUCGUCGUCGCUGGCCGCACGGAACCGCUUCGAACGGUCGUCGCAAGACGUGAUGGCGCGCGCUUCGCAGAUUGUGAUGAAGAACAAAUCCUUUCGACCCCGGGAACGGCCGAAGAAGGGCCUGAAGAAUCUCCAGUCGGUGAAGACGCUUUCCGCCGGACAGAAUCUCUCCAACAACCAGACCGCCAUCAAAACUCGCAAACAGCCGCUCACCGUGACGGCCCAGUUCCAGAUCUCGCUGAUCGCCCUCAUGGAAACGCUGAAUCAGGCAAAUCCAUUCUUCAUCCGGUGUAUCAAGUCCAACCCGAACAAAAUAUCGAACCAGUUCGAUGAAGCCACCGUCACGCGGCAGCUCCGUUAUACGGGAAUGCUGGAAACGGUACGGAUACGGCGAGCCGGUUACAAUGUGCGGCUCACGUACGAAGAGUUCAUCCAGCUGUAUCGAAUACUGCUGCCGAAGGGGUUGAUCAGCUCCCAAAAGGACGUGCGGGACUUUAUGAACACGAUGGACCUGAACAAGCAGCACUACCAGCUGGGGCUGACCAAGAUCUACAUGCGAGAGUCGCAGAAGAUGCGGCUGGACAUAUGCCUUCACACGAAGAUCAUAGACAGCAUCAUCACGAUCCAGCGGUGGUUUCGGUCGAUACUGCAGCGGAAAAAGUACUGCCAGUACCGGAGUGCGGCUUGUACGAUCCAAACGUACUGGCGGUUGUAUGUGAAGGAGAAGCAAGCCAAGUUCUUGCGCAAGUUGAGAACCGAUGCUGCCACCAUUAUCCAGAGUACGUGGCGAGGAUACUCGGUGCGGAAAUGGUACUCCAAACUGAAGUCCGGAGUGCAGGUGAUACAGGCGAGGAUACGAGGGAACCAGGCACGCGAUCGAUUUAAGGUGACGCUAAGCAAGAAACUUCAACGAGAACGUGCCAAACUACGUUCGACGCAAAGCCUUCCAGCGGCAGAACGGUCGCUGGAGAAUUCUUUCGACACGCCGGAGAUUCAACUCCACAAAGCGAUCGUCGGAAAAAAGCAACCUUCCCCUCCGGUUGGCAUCAGUUUCGAAUCGGCCAUCGACAUAGUGAACAAGAAUCGAGCCUUGUUCAGCGAUAAUAGCCUAAGUAGUGCGGAUUUCAUCGACGACGACGACGAUGAUGAGGACGAAGACGACGAGGACUGCUACGAGGACAUGGGUCUUGUGGACGAUCCGAGCUACGUUUCUGCGGCCUUGAGGCACGGAGCGCUACUAGAGAAGCAUACCAGCAGUGGGAGCACGGAUAGUGAGCUGUUGGAAUCGCUCUACGGUAGCAGUCAGUCGCAACAACAGCUUGCCGCAAAAAUACCACUUCAACGGCAGGACGAUGUGUUGGAUCGACCAAUACGGAAGUACGAAAUCGAGCGAGCAAGCAAAAGUACAUUUGACGACGCAGAACUGGCCAAGUAUCGCUAUGAGCGAGGACUCAGUUCGAUGGGUAGUGGGUCCAGUAGUGGCAAAAUGCCAGUACGACGGGUAGAUUCGGGACCAUCGCCGAGCCAUCGGCUACGGUAUGAUGCCUAUGGCAGUAGCGGCCCUGGUCUCAGUAGUGGAAUGAUUCGAAAUCAAAACCACAGCAAUAAUAGUUUUAGUUCCAGUAAUGUUGAAAUCGUUCUUGUAAAUACCGGUUUAGAUAGUCUCUCUUCUUCAGUGGCCACUCCCGGAAUUGCCAACAGCGGUAGCAGCGGUAGUAGUCCGAAUGCACCUACCGAACAGCCACCGCAAAAGCUUCCUCUCCAGCGGAAUCUCAACCGUAACACAAUGAGUCAAACGCAACAACAAUCCAGUACCACACUCAGUCGCCGGGAACUCCUCUGUAGAAGUCAAGGCGACGAAAUAAACUCAAAUUAUCAUCUACAACAUUUGCAGUCAUCAUCCCUAUCGCCAUCGCUGUCUUCAGCCAAUUAUCAAAACGUCCAGUACGCAUCCUCCCCCGCAGCAGCAUUCCUCCAGCACCAACAUCAGCAACAACCGCAUCCUUACAACAAUAACAAUAACAACAAUACAAUAAAAUCCUCCAGCAAUUCCAACGCCAACAGCAACAGCGGCAGUAGCAAUAGCCUUUAUAAUUACGUUACUCAGCAGCAGCAACCAUUCAUCCCACCGGUGGCUCAAGGCAACCUGCCGCCCUCUCAGCGGGUAUCCAGCAGCUAUCCCGACGACUUUGCCCAAAACUACUACAACACUACUACUCCAAAGGGCAAAGCAGCUGCCCUACUCGGUACAAAAUCCGAAGACUCCAAGUAUGCCGGUAGCAAAGACAUCGAUCUGACGUUAUCGAACACAAGCUCGGGAGUGAUUGUACCGAGCAAAGCGCGGCGUAUCAAAACGAAUCUCAGUGAUGAUUUCUCCUCCAGUGGAAGUGGCGUCGGUGUAGGGGGUUCAUCCGGUCAAACCGGACUCAGUCGACGGGGCGCCAUCGCUGGCAUGGAUACACUCAAACGGAGAAAUUCCGAUCCCACCAAUAAGAUUCCGUUGCUGGAAGUGAACCGGGGGAACGAUAUGUACCAGUCGAGCACUCGAAUAAAUAUAGCGGGGCAUCAAUUCCGCAAGGUUCAGCGGAUCAACAAGGCGGAAAAGUGUGCCAGUUGUCAGGAGAGCGAUUCUUUCGUGAACGAAGGCUAUCGGUGUUUGGACUGUAAGGUGCUGGUGCACACCAAGUGCAUCCAGAAUGGGGGCAUCAAGAGUUUACAGUGCGCCGCCAAACGGUCCAAGCGGAUACGAACGGGAAAGCACGAUAAACACGCCCCAAUCGGGGCGAGCACUCCGAAUUCGAAAUUCUCAGCCACCCGCGAGUACACCGACUCUACGGAUAAGAUUAUAAGCGAUGCCAAAGAACUGCAGUUGAUGCAGGAUUUCAUCACGCAGAAGAUUUGCAAGAUGGAGAGCGACUGCGAGAAGCCAUCGGAAGGUGACCGGGUGUUCAAGCAAGCGCUGCGCGAGUUCAAGGACAACCUGGUGGCGCAGUACAGCGUGGCGCACAAGCAGAACUCGGACUUGCUCAACAUCAAGUAUCGGGAUCUGAUCGCUAACUUCGAGCAGGUCAUCGAGACGACCUCCGGGCGGAACAACGACUUUCCGCUGACGAUGGGCGUGAACGCGUUCCGGGGGUUUAUGAACGAGUUUAUGAACUCGCGCGAGACGGAGAAGCCGAAGGCGAAGCGGAAAAAGGACAAGAAGCGGAAGCACGACGAGCACACGACUUACAACGGUCACACAUUCCAGUUAACGAUCAUCAACAUUGCGACUGCGUGCGAAAUUUGCCAACAGUUUCUCCUCUGGCCAAUCGAACGUGGAUUGGUUUGCCAAAACUGUCGUCUAACGUGCCACAAACGGUGCUACCUGAAAUCCGCGGCCUGUAGUAAGAUAGCGGCCACCGGUGGCGGCCCACUGGUGCCGGGUGGGGUUGUGACAGGGGCCGUCACCAGUACAGAUAGCAGCGGCGCGGGAGGUCACCCAAACAAACUGUUCGGAGUACCUCUGACGGCACUGUGCGCGGGGUGCGAUGGGAUCAAAAUUCCGGCCCAGAUCUACAGCCUAAUAAUGAUGAUCGAAAUGCACGGGUUGUACUCGGAAGGAAUCUACCGGAAAAGUGGCGUCAGCUCGAAGAUCAAAGAACUGAAAGGCAAAAUGGAUCGGGUGGUUGGCGGUUCGGAGGAAAUGGACUAUGAAAGUUACAAUGUGCACGUACUGACCAAUGUGUUGAAGUCGUUCUUGAGGGAGAUGCCGGAGCCCUUGUUGACGUUCGAUCGGUAUGACGAUUUUCUCCGAGCGGCGGAUUUGUCCGACGGCACCGAUCGGGUUCAAACUUUGUUGUCAUUGAUCAAGAAGAUCCCACCGGCCCAUCACUGUCUACUGGAGCGGUUAAUUUUCCACUUAGCUUUGGUAGCCAAGCUCGAGCAGUACAACCGGAUGUCCGCGAGCUCGCUAGCGAUUGUAUUUGCGCCAUGUGUACUAAGGACGAACCGAUACGUCCCUGCGCAGGACAGUUUAAAUGAUAUCGGUCGACAAACCAAGUGCAUGGAAACGCUUAUCACGCAAAAGAUGCUGAACGUGAAGAGUACCUUGGCGGAUAUUGAUACUCUGGACACGGCAGCCCAUACGGCUACUACCCGAUUGAGCACACUGAGGAGCAGUAAAGUGUUUACGCAAGAGGAAAUGGCUUCCAACUCGAGGGGAGUCGGCGGAGGACUGGAAACGGAGACGGAAGAGAUGUUACUGGAGGGACACAUCCAGGAAAUCAAGAAAGAAAAGGCCCUUUUGACAUCGACGCUACCAAGUUUGGCUCGGGCGAGUUCCGAUGACGAUUUGUUAUCCACGGAUCUUGAUGGAGAAGGCGGUAGUUUAGAUGACCUUAGCAGCAGCAAAGAUAAAGACCUUGACAGUAGCUAUAAUAAUGUCAUCAGUGACAGUGGGAUCUCGAUUCGCUACCAACCUCCGUCGGAUCACGGUAGCAGUAACGUCAGUCUCAACAACGACGUGCCGAUGGCUGUGAGUUACAAUCUGCGGGGAGAGCAAAGCAUAGAUUACUUCCACAAAGUAGGCAAAACGAAAUCCCUAUCCCACCAAACACUGAUCGAGCGGGAAGCUUUCCUCAAAAGCGGUAGUCAAAGUGGUUCCGCAACCACGCCCCAAUCACCCACAACGACGAUCACCACCUCAUCAUCGUCACCUUCCUCCUCAUCGGCACCGUCGAUGAUCAAAUCGCAAAACGGCAGCAGCAGCAACGUGAGCCACAACAGCAGCAGUAAUGUCUCCAAGCGUUCUGAUCUGAAUCUCAGCCAUUCGAUGGUCACCUUAUCGACGGGAAUCAACACCGGAUCCACCGGCUCGACUGAAUUACAGCGCCAGAAGCCCAUCAUAAUGCGUAGCAUCUCCGGAGGCUACGAACCCUCCUCGUCUUCCAUUUCCGGUGGAACUAGUAGUGCUUCCUCGCAGAAAAUCCUCAUCCAACAGUCGGCCUCGAUACCGAUAACGAGCACGCCGUCGUCGUCGUCGCUCGUUGGUAGCAAAGAUGCCAGCAAAGGGGGCGAACCCAUAAAGAUGAACCGACGGAUGUCGGGUAGCCGGCGGCAGAACAGUGGGAGUGGUGGAGGUGCCAGUGGAGGUGGUGCGAGCCCGUCCGGUUCCGGCAACGGAAACGGCGAUGACGAACCAAUUAUGGUUUGAAUAACGAAACGGAAUGCCAAUCUCAGUAGCAGUCAGUGGUAGAAACGUACGAACACCGACCCCCAUGAGACUAUAGUUCAGUUAAACAUUUUCUUUUUUUUGUUCCAUCUUUAUUGUUUUGCUUUUCUUUUAAUUUAAAGAAAACGAUAAAUCGAUGACGUUCCCUUUCCUUUUGUUAGAAGCGUGUCGAGCCAGAUUAUGUAACUUCGAAAAUUAAGUCGCAUUCAGUUUUUUAUAUGUAACAAAAUUAUUAUAACACGAUGAUUUAUUAUUAGAGAACCAACCUAUUUAUAGAGCGAGAAUAAUCGUCGAACGAGUAAAAAAGUAUGAAACGUGAUUAACCCUUAAAUGAAGUGUACUGAGAAAGUGUGAUUGUUACAAGACCGGAGUGUGAUUUGUACAUGUGUGUGAGCGAAAAAGUGUGUGUAAAGAUCGUUAUAAGUACAGCUUAUUGAAGCAGACCGCAGAUAAAAAAAACUCAUUAAACUAAUAAAUAACGCAAGAUCAAACAAAAAAACGAGCGCAUAUAAACAAAAUUCACAUACACAUACUAGUUAGAAAGAAAUGAUUAGAAAGGAUUAUUAACCUAAAGGAAGAAGCAGAGAGUGGAAAUGAUUAUUAUUGUAAUUAUAGAUCACACGCUACCCAAAAUUACAGUCGAAUGAACAAUAUUAAAGUUUUUUUUCAAAA